CUCAUGUGCCUACCUACAACACCCUCACAGCAUUUCGUAGUGUUUUGCUAACCAGCCGUGAACAUCGUAUCGCCUCGAGAUCAGGUCUCUCUUCCCGAUUAGACUUGCCCAAUGAGAGCACCUAAAUGCAUAUCUCAUCUUGAUGGAGAAUGUCCGCAUGGCGUACUAGUAGCUCUCGUGACAGCGAUCCGGGCGCUAGUACACACUAUAGAAAUGAAUCUGGAGAAGUUCUUUGCCUGUCUUGGCCCGACAGCACAAACCUAUCAGUAUCCAUUGACUACGCCGCGACUCAAAUCUGUUACGUCUCCAUCUAACGAUCUCCGCAAGACACUGCAUUUUGUAACAGCCCCCCCAGAUCUCCACUGCCUUCCCCUUCCCGAGCCUUCUCGGACGACUGACAGCUCUAGCAGCGCGUCUGUCCAUCCUCCCUAUGUCUCAUGCCUGAUCACCACUGGUGUUACCUAUUUGGGCUGCGGGAGGCGGAGCUCAAUUCAAGUCGUCCGUUUACACAUGUGCUGCUGGUUCAAUGCAUCUUUGGUUUAUGAUCCUGAUCCGCAUACCUGACGACGGCCGUAGGGCGACCCAAUCGCAUUUCCCAGACCACUCCAAAGAUAGUUCGAUGACUGCUCGGGGACCGGGGCCCGGGGCCCUACGGACGCCAGUAACCGGCUUACAUCAACGCCCUAGGCGAUCAUGCUGCAAAGACAUCCCCUCAAUACAUAUGCGCCUUGUCCGCUUCGGUUCCUCAGGCUUCGACCGUCACUGAUCGGGUUGCUCACUUUCCAAUAUGAUCAUUUACUUACUUCACGUUGUAACAUCAAUCUAUCCCAGCAU